UUUCACUCUCUUUGCUCUGCUAGUCCUUUUAAAGUUCCGUAGAGGAACAGAAAAUACACACGAUAAUAUCACCUGAAAAAGGAAGAGAAAAAAGCGCACUUUGGUUAAAAUUUUGACACUAAAACGGAAGACAUAAUUCACAUGAAAGAUAGAUUUCGCGCUUUUAUUUUAUUUAAAUUAUUAUUAGCUAGCUAUCGAUAGUAGGAAUAAGUUAGCCAGAUAGCUAUACUAGCUAACAUUAGCUAUCGAUAGCUAGCUAAUAAUAAUCUUUAGAGUCAGUCCCUCUGUUAAAUAACGAUAAAGUACAAGCUAAGUUUAAUAAAUUAGCUACACAUUUGGGCAUUAUUUUGGGUGGGGGUUGUAUUUUUACUUCGACGACGAAGGAGAGCUACGGAGAGAGAAAGACCGUCUGAAAACGACAAAAAAUAAAGUAAAAUGGCGGAGCCGGACAAAUUAAACAUUGACUCCAUAAUACAGCGUCUCCUAGAAGUGAAGGGCUCCCGGCCCGGCAAGAACGUGCAGCUGACGGAGAACGAGAUCCGCGGCCUCUGCCUCAAGUCCCGCGAGAUCUUCCUCAGCCAGCCGAUCCUGCUGGAGCUGGAGGCGCCGCUCAAGAUCUGCGGCGACGUGCACGGCCAGUACUACGACCUGCUGCGGCUCUUCGAGUACGGCGGCUUCCCCCCGGAGAGCAACUACCUGUUCCUGGGGGACUACGUGGACCGAGGCAAGCAGAGCCUGGAGACCAUCUGCCUGCUGCUGGCCUACAAGGUCAAAUACCCCGAGAACUUCUUCCUGCUGCGCGGCAACCACGAGUGCGCCUCCAUCAACCGCAUCUACGGCUUCUACGACGAGUGUAAGAGGAGGUAUAACAUCAAGCUAUGGAAGACGUUCACGGACUGCUUCAACUGCCUGCCCGUGGCCGCCAUCGUCGACGAGAAGAUCUUCUGCUGCCACGGCGGCCUGUCCCCGGACCUGCAGUCGAUGGAGCAGGUUCGGCGGGUGAUGCGGCCCACGGACGUGCCGGACCAGGGCCUGCUGUGCGACCUGCUCUGGGCCGACCCGGACAAGGACGUGCUGGGCUGGGGCGAGAACGACCGCGGGGUCUCCUUCACCUUCGGCGCCGACGUGGUGGCCAAGUUCCUGCACAAGCACGACAUGGACCUCAUCUGCAGGGCGCACCAGGUAGUGGAGGAUGGGUAUGAGUUCUUUGCGAAGCGACAGCUGGUCACUCUGUUCUCCGCCCCCAACUACUGCGGCGAGUUCGACAACGCUGGCGCCAUGAUGAGCGUGGACGAGACCCUCAUGUGCUCCUUCCAGAUCCUGAAGCCUGCGGAUAAGAAGCUCUAUUACACUGGAGGGGGGGGCAUGGGAUCCGGACGUCCCGUCACCCCCCCUCGAAAUUCAGCUAAGGGUGGAAAAAACAAGAAAUAACACCCGCUUCACAGCCCCCCCCCCCUUCUCCACCUGCUCUCCUCUACCUCCUCCUCCUCCUCUUCAUCACCAAACAGCAACGAAGCAAAACAGUUCCCAGGGUUUAGUCUUUCUCUCUUAAUUCUUGAUGCUGAUAAUGCGUAAAUGUUUUAAAAUGUGAGUGCGCGUGUGAGAAGUUUCAUCUGUGUCAUACCCCCCCCCCCCCCACCCCCCACCCCACCACACACACAUGCUCGCACACACACAAACACAUACACACACACAUACACCAUUACCUCCCUGCAUCCCUCUGCCUCUGAGAGUGUGUGUCAUCACCAUGCUGUAUAAGGGGGGGUGGGUCCAGGAGCACAUCUACACUGUUUAUAUGGGGCCCUCCCCUGUUUUACUGUUAAACACAGCUCUGUGUUAGUCCUGUACAGCAGCCGGGGUGGGGUGGG